AUGAGGGCACCUCCUUUAGACGUGAUUCAGACAUGGCCUCGACCCCAGUAUGACGCACCGUUCACGAACGCACCAAUAGGGACUGCUGUGUCUAUCUUCUUAAUGGUUGUUGUCACUAUCAUCUUGGGGAUCCGGAUAUAUACACGAAAGUACAUUACUAGAGGGUUCGGACUAGACGAUAUUCUCAUAAUUUUUGCCUACAUUCCCUGUCUGGGUUUCUCAAUCAAUGGCCUGAUUGCCCAAAAGCAUUAUGGUUGGGGCAAAGACCUAUGGAACGUACACUCUACAGUGUAUAAACCUGCACUUCAGUCUGCUUUCGCCGCAUACAAUCUUUUUGGCGCCGCGACAACUCUCAUCAAGCUGUCCAUGCUUGCUCUGACGUACCGCCUCGCCUGCACUGCGUCAAAAACCUUCCAACGCAUCAUUAUCGGUUGUAUGAUCCUGGUUGGUGCCAACGGUGUAUGCUUCCUCCUUGUCACCUCGCUGCAGUGUCGACCUUUACACCUUUACUGGACCAUAUCUUACGAGGAACAAAACUGUAUAGACGAGGCUGCUCACCUUCUGGCUGCCGGCACCAUUAACACAGUGACGGAUCUUCUUGUCGUUGUCCUGCCGCUGGUCAUCUUCAUUCGCCUGCAGAGCCCGAACAGCAAGUUGUCAAAGCGGCAAAUUGUCAUCGUCAAUAUUCUAUUCGCCGCAGGUUUCUUUGCUACCAUCGCAGGUGCUAUCCGUACCUACGUGACCUGGCGUAUGACCUCAGCUGAUGAUUUCAACAUCACCUAUUGGUUCUGGCUGACAUGGCUUUCUUCCAUGAUCGAAAUUUACGUUGGUAUCAUUGCUGCUAGUGUGCCUGCAACAAAACCUUUCAUGGCUCGAUAUGUUCCUGCGCUUCUCGGGGCAUCCAGGUCCACAGACAGCCCAAGUCACGGAUCGCGUACUGAUCGCUAUGCCUUGCAUGGUGCUAACCGUAGCCGUACGAAGAACGGCUAUGUCCGUGAUGAUUCCUACGACCUGCCUUUCUACGAGUCGGCGUCGACAGUCAGCAAAGCAGUGCCCACGACAUGCAACUCCCGGAAAACUGACUCCCUCCCGAUGCCAAAUCGGUUGGAGGAAGGCUUCGAGUUCUGA